CCUUAACAAUCUAGGUUGUAAAUUAUUUCCACGGCCAACUAAAGGUAAGAAACAACUUAUCAGAAUUCACAGUUGAAUAUUUAAAAGAAGAGGUAUCACCGUAUUACUAUAUUUUGAUAUUCUCACAGGUUCGACAUUACUUUAUUCAUAUUGAAAAUGGAAAAAGAAAAAAUGUAAAUAAAAAAAAAGAUCCUGACUGAUAAAUAGUAGAUGGGAAUGAAUGAAUAUAAAAGAAAAACAAAGGAAAAUAUAUGUGAGAUAGAAACUUCCAAAAGACAGCGCAACAGGCCUUCUUCUUUCUAUCUGUUGUAAAUCUAUACUAUAUAUGCUGCAUCUUUCUCUAUCAAGAAUAGAUAGAUAGAUCUCUCUCUGUCUGCACUAUUUUUCACAUAUUUUCUUAACAAAUUUUAUUAGAUCUCGCUUCAACUAUCUUUCUCCCUCAACAACAAUCACUAACUUGUAUAUAUCAUCUCCCCAAAACCAUCAUCAGUUGUAUUUUUCUAACUUACCCAUUGUUUGUGCACACUGCAAUCUUCAGAUCCAAUUUGUUUUGUCAUCUGAGGAAAUCCCAGUUCCCCUAUAACAUACUUGUCAAAUGUGAUUCAUUUUGUCAUGUAUUAUUACAGUGCUAAAAACAGCAUUUCAGACCAAGAAACAACGAGUGAUGGUACUGGUAAUGCUGCUAAUUGUUGCUCCAGAGCUUCGUCUGACUUAAAAUUGUACCAAGCUUUCAUCUUUUCAGUCCCUAUUUUCUUCACUUUUAUUCUACUCUUGUUGUUUUAUUUCUUCUAUCUCCGUCGCCGUAGAGUUGACUGGUCUUCUCUCAGAAUGAGGUCUGGUCAUUCCAUCCCAAUUUCUGAUGAUCUCUCCAGGUGUGAAUUAGGAGGAGGGCUGAAGAAGGAGCUGCGAGAGAUGCUACCCAUUAUUGUGUUCAAUGAGAGCUUUUCUGUCAAAGACACAUUAUGCUCGGUGUGCCUUGGAGAAUACCAAGGGGAGGAAAGACUUCAGCAAAUACCGGGGUGCGGGCAUACGUUCCACAUGGAAUGCAUAGACCUAUGGCUAGCCACACAUACAACAUGUCCACUUUGCAGACAAUCCCUUGUUACCUGCAGCAGCAGCAGCAGGAGUUCACCAGAUGAAAAUGGAUCUGAAGAAGAAAGCAAUAGUAGUAGUAGCACCACAGCUUCAGUACAUGAUCAAGACCCUCCUCCUCAAACUAGCUCUUCAGAGACGAAUAAUAACGGGGAUAGAGAUGAAAGAAUUGGUCCAACAGUUGGUGAGAGAGAUGAUGAGGUUGAAAGGGAUAUUAUAAUAAUAGUAGAAAAUGUCAAAUGACACUUGUUCAUUCAUUUAUACUAGGGUCUUCUCUUGAAUGUAUAUUUGUUUCAAUGUUCAUGUGGAAAGAAGCAUUAGUUUCCAGUAAAUGUAUCAGGAAUGCAUGAGCAUUGGAAAACAAAGACUUGAUUAAUGAAUGAACGAUGAUGGUUAUUAUAUGUAGUUUGGGAGGCAAAGUGCCAUUUAACCUAAA